UCACUUUCUAAUGUUUUUUUAAAGCGACGCGCUAGAAAAGCUUACCGAAGCAUGUUAAAUUUUGCUGGAAUUACGCAUCUUGUGCAAAAUCAUCCAUAUUUGGCCACCGUUGCAUUGGGUGCUGGCACUAUUUUAGCAUCCGAGGUGAUCUGGAGAGUAUUAAAGUUUCCCAUGGGCCUAAUUGGAAAAACAAAGCCACUCCGUGUUCACGAAGUUGUGCUUUUCAACGAAUUGGGCGAGACCUGUUCGUCCCUCUACAGUAAUAUAAGGUCGGAAUCGGAGGGAUUGGUGGUGGCCGAGCUCACGUGCGACAACCCGUACUGUUCCUUCAAAGGUCUCAGCAAAAUGGUGGAGCAGAUCGAUAAGGCGGUGUACGCCAUGGACGUUGCCAUCUACACGUUCUCUUCAACCUUGUGCGAGGCAUUGAAGCGAGCCCUACAGCGCGGCGUCACAAUUCGGAUCAUCACCGACAAUGAGAUGGUCUCCGCUUCCGGCUCGCAGCUCAGCCAUUUGGCUGACUUGGGAGUGCCGGUGCGCGGACAUGGCACCUACCUGAUGCACCACAAGUUCGUCGUGAUCGACGGCGUGGAGCGGGUGCAGGAGAUCCAGCGGCUCAAAAAGCGCAAGUGGAUGCAGGACACCUGUAGCGUCUUAAUUAACGGAUCUGUUAACUGGACGCGAAUGGGAUUUGGCGGCAACUGGGAGAACUGUAUUAUCACGGACGACAAUGUGCUGGCGCACUCCUUCCCGGAAUUCAAUCGGAUGUGGAAAGCUUUCGAAACAUUCCUGUCGACUUUGCGAAGAACCCAUUAGAUUUAGAU